AUGGUCGACGACGAAGAGGACAUUGUGUGGAUUCGCGAAGACGCGCCAUCCGAUCCAGUGUCCCCAACCACCCCAGCCACUAUCAUAGAAGCUGCUCCGAUCCUUUCCGACGCUUUCGACAAGCCGAUUCUGAAAGCGUCGGGUCCUCCAGAGGUCACAAUUUCGGCUCCACCGCUAACACCGCCAGUGGAAGUUAAGGCAUCCGAUGUGGAGGUGUCAGGAGUCAAAGUGUCUGCUCCAGAAGCCAAGCCCGCCGAUCUUCCAGAAGUGUCUGCUCCGGCUCCAGAAGUUCCAGAUGUUCCAGAAACCAAGCAAGCUGAAUCGUCGGCUCCAGAAGUGCCAGAAGUCAAGUCCGCUGAUGUUCCAGAAGUUUCUGUUCCGGCUUCAAAAGUUCCAGCAGCUGCUGAAGUCAAACAAGCCGAAUCUUCGGUUCCAGCAGUGCUAGAAGCAAAGCCUUCCGAAUUUUCAGAAGUGUCUGUGCCUGCUGCAGACGCUCCAGAAGCCAAGCCAGCUGAAUCAUCGGCCCCAGAACUUCCAGCUGCUUCUGCUCCAGAAGUCACCGUCUUCCACGCCCCCGAACCUCCCCGAAUCGAAUCUGUGCAAUUCGAGGAGACCAAAAAACCCGAUCCAGACAUCUUAUCGCUCAAGCUAGACCCAAAAACCCCAAACUCCGUGGAUGAUAACAGCAUGAGUUUCGAUAUCAGCGAGUGUGAGCGCAAAUUCAACAAAGCCGUCCAAGAAGCGUCUGAUAUGUUGGAAGAUUUCGAUAAAAAAUCCAAAGCGGUCGUGGAGAAUACAAAAUUUGUAGCUAAAGAACUCGCCGAACUAGCCGCUUCUGCCCCAAGAGUCUUCCAAAAAACUAUCGAUGACCAUUCACAGGUUCCUGAAGUUUCUGAACUUCCAUCCGGAGGCCUUCCCAAAAACGUGGAAUCCGUUCUGAUUGGUGAGGGAAUUCUGGAAGAGAUCACUGGAACACUGGUCCUUCCCAAUGGAUAUGUUCUUGUUACGGACGAGCGUGCUGGAAUUAUAGCUUUCGAUUUGGAGGGAAAUGUUAAGACUAAGAUCAAUCCACCCGAAUUCCGAAAGCUAUGGAGUCCGGUAUACCACAAGGAGCAUAUACUUGUGCUCGCCGACGCCAAGAAUUCAGAAGACCAUUGGGUGCGUCACGUCAUCAAAUUCACUUGUCAGCUAGAAUACGUGGCAAAGAUCGAAUGUCCGUCUUGGCUCUCAGAAUGCACGAUUUUGAGAGAAAGGCUUAGCAUUGCACACAACGAUCACUUGUAUCUUUGUGUUUGUGGAGAGAUUUUCUCCGGAAUCUACGAGCUCACUCCGAUUGGACAAUGGACAGAGCUCGAGUAUAAAUUAUCAGAAGCCUAUGUUGAUAUGUUAGCAUUUGCCACAAUUGGUCCAAUUACUCAAUUGUUGGUUGUUGAAGGUCGUCGAAAUUACGUUUUGCUGGUUUCCGUACGAGAAUCCAGAAUUGUGGACAAGAAACGAAUGGCGAUUUGCGAACGACCGGGAGCACUAGCCAGAGAUGAAGCGGGCCGCCUAUUCGUGGCGAAUCGGUUCUCGGCGAGCAUUCAAUUGGUGGAUACGAUGCUUUGGGUGUCCGAGAAGAAUGUGGCAAUUACUGAGGCGUUUGUCCGUCACUUCACCGCCUGCUGGGGUCUUCUGGCGAUUCCACUGAAGAACGCCGUACGUCUUCAGAGAUACUCUUUCCGUUCUCUUCGCUGA